UGUUUUCGAGCACUUUGCUGCAAGGGACCGCCACCACCACGACCUGAAUAUGACUUGGUUUGCAUAGGCCUCACUGGUUCUGGCAAGACAAGUCUUCUGUCACAGCUUUGCAGUGAAAGCCCGGAGAAUAUAGUGUCUACCACAGGUUUUAGUAUAAAAGCGGUGCCAUUCCAGAAUGCCAUCUUGAACGUAAAAGAACUUGGAGGGGCAGACAAUAUCAGGAAAUACUGGAGUCGUUACUACCAAGGAUCCCAAGGAGUAAUAUUUGUAUUAGACAGUGCCUCCUCUGAAGAUGAUCUAGAAACUGCUAGGAAUGAACUGCAUUCUGCUCUCCAGCACCCACAGUUAUGUACUUUGCCGUUUUUAAUACUGGCUAACCAUCAAGACAAGCCAGCAGCUCGCUCCGUACAAGAGAUUAAAAAAUAUUUUGAACUUGAGCCACUUGCACGUGGAAAGCGCUGGAUCCUUAAACCGUGCUCCUUGGAUGAUAUGGAAGCAGUAAAAGACAGCUUCUCCCUUCUAAUAAACUUGCUAGAAGAGAGAGACUUCGAACCUUCAAGAAUGUGA